AUGGUCUCUGAAGAGCUUCUCGAGAAAUGUCUGCAUAUUCUCCAGGAUCAGGCCCUGGAUGAGGAAGAGCAGGUCGAGAAGGUAGAGGAUUUUUUGCGCGCAAACUCCUCUCUAUCGGGCUCGUCUUUGGAGAACGCCGUGUUGGACAUCCUCUGGCGACAUCGUAACCGCAACCUUCCAGAUUCGUCGCCUCUCCCAACCCGGCACACUGUGAUCCGUCGCUCAUCACCUGCACCAUGGCAAAUGGCCCGUUCGUCGACUCCUCUCUCGCCCCAUUCGAAUCUGGGCACGAGUCCCGGGAGUACGUCGUGGAUGCAGAGCUCGCGCGGGGCAUUCUCCCGACCUCCGCUUUCCUCCACCGUCUCCCCGUUCACCUCCCCCCGCCCAUCGCCCCGGCUCGCUUUCGCACAGCCCAUUCCUCACUCACCGAGUCUAAAUGCAUAUGAAUUCUCAGAUCAAAGCCACGUGUCUGAUUAUUAUGGGGACCUGGGAGGCGAUAACAAUGUCGACUGGCUGGUGGCGGACGAUGCCAACAGCACUACCUCAUCCAGUGGUCUGGUUGGGCCCGCCGCUCUGAGUGCUACGGCAACUGAAUUUGUUCCCGACAUGAGCCCACAUGACAUAUUGCGCACUGUGCUGGGUGACAAACGCUCGAAUGAUGAUAUCGAGGCAGCUCUGGAAGCGAAUAGCUACGACCUCGGUGCCACCAUCGCUGCCCUCUCGCAGGAUCAGGAGGCGGAUAUCUUCUCAAAACAGUCCGACGAUGGUCGUGUUGUUGUUGGCAAAUCCAUGGCGAUGGAGCAAGUCCGUCCAGUCACACCGUCGGGCCAAAAUCGCAGCCCGGUGGUGUGUAAAUAUUGGCUGUCCACCGGGCAAUGCCUGCGUGCAGACUGUCGCUUCAGCCAUGACUUGACGAGCCAUGUGUGCAAGUAUUGGGUUAUGGGCAACUGCCUGGCCGGCGACGGCUGUCCUUUUUCGCAUGACCCGUCCGCACUCAUUUCCAACAUUAGUGUCACAGACAGCCGGCCGACUUCGCCUCCGACCGGCUCUGCAUUUCAAUUAGACAGUGCCGCUGAUGCUUUUCCGCCGUUGCAAUCAUCCGCUGGCGGAGUUGGAGACCAGUGGGCAAAUCAAUAUAUGGGCCGGUAUCCUGCCCACCUGGGUGGUUUUCAAGGAAACAAAAACGCCCCUCCAGGACUCCAUCCCGGAAUGGGUAAACGAAACGGCAGCGGGACGCCCCUUGGGCGUCCUCAUUCCCGUCCGACCAGCCGCCACCAGAAUCGAGAAUUGAACCCUACUGCGCUCUCUGUAGAUGAUCCAGAUGCUUUUCCUACCCUUGCCGCCGUGAGUGCGAGAAAUGCCGGGAAGAAGCAUCACGGGAAACGCGGUGGCCACAAUAACAAGGAGGCGAAUUCGAGCAGGGAAAACAUUCCUUCGUCCCUGGCAGAUGUAGUUCGGAUGACUCCAUCACCUGCUCCUGGAAAGGGCAAAUCCACAUCCAAGAACAAGGAGAACAAGAGCCGCGAGAACAGCGCGGCAGCCAUGUCGAUCCCGGGCCCGCAAAAUAUCCCUUGGCUUGAGACUGGUGCGCGGGCAAACCAACAAUACAUCAAAUACCGCACCGAGGCAAUUCGGCAUGGAACUGUGCGGAACAAGUUUUUGCAGAGUGCUGCUCAAGCAUGGAACCGCAACGACGCCCGGGCUGCCAAAGCGUUAUCGCUGCGAGGUCAGGCCGAGAAUGAUGCAAUGCGCAGGUGUCAUCGAGAAGCUGCACGCCAGCUGUACGAAGAGCGCAAUCAACAUCUGCACCAGGCAGGCCUUGACAACUCCUCCGAGGAACUCUACGUCGAUCUCCACGGUCUCCACCCCGAAGAAGCCAUCGAAUAUCUGGAGAAGAUCCUUCUCAAGCAUGCGCGGGAGGGUCUUCGGGUCGUCUACGCUAUUACCGGCACUGGCCAUCAUUCGAAGAACGGCAAGGAUAAGAUCGGAAAGGCCGUCAAAGCUUGGCUCAACGAAUGGCGGUACCUGUUCCGGGAAUUCAGCGUGCCCGGCGAGCGAGGUGGCUACGUUGGCGGGAUCCUUGGAAUUGAUCCCACCAGCUAUGACAAAUCACUUGCCCACAGCAUAGCAAAUGAGAUUUCGGGGGCUGACGCUGACGGAGAGCCUCCUGCCCUGGCGAUGGGCAAGAUCCAACUGCUCAAGCGCGAGGAUCUCGAGACCAAGGAUCGAUGA